CGUGGGCUCGGGAUGCGCCGGCCGCAGAGAGCGGCCCCUGAGUCUCAGCGUUCCAGGUGGGGAACAUGAGCAGCCAGACGGAGCUGCUGUGGCUGGGGGCGGCGCUGCUGCUGCUGCUGCUGCUGGCGGCCGGCCUGUGUGUGCGCUGCUCCCACUCAGAGCCCAAGAGGCUGGAGAAAAUCUACCAGCAGAGGAGUCUGCAAGAGACUGCCCAGAGCUUUGCCGUGGCCCGAACCUAUUCCUUGGUCAGGCCGGUAUGGGCCAGGCCCCCGGGGGACACGGGCCCUGACCAGGCGUCCACAAGGAAAGACAAGCUACUGGAGUUCUCGCCCAGCCUUGAGGAACCUGCAUCCCCCAGGUACCAGGACUCGAGCAAAGAGGGCAGAGCAGAGUCAGAGGCCGCGUCCCUGUCCCUACGCCCCAUUACCGCCGACUAUUGCAACUGGGGGCAGCUCCCGCGGCCCCAGGAAGAGGACGACGACGCCGGCUCCUACGAGAACGUGCUCGUCUGCAAGCAGAGGACGCCUGAGUUAGGCGAGGACUCAGAGGACUAUCAGAACUCGGCGUCCAUCCACCAGUGGCAGGAGUCCCGGAGGAUCAUGGAGCAAGCAGCGGCUCCCCUCCCGGUGGGGAGUCCCGACGAGGACAGCGGGGAACCGGACUAUGUGAACCAGGACGCGGCGGCACCCAGAGCCUAGGCGAGCCCGGAAGGAAGGAGCCCAGGGCCGGAGCCCAAGAAAGCACAGACCUUCGGGCCCCCACCAUGGCCACAUCUGAGACGGGAACGGGCAGGUGCACGUGGAACCUCCACCCUGAUUGGAGCCACCCCCGGGGGCGAGGCGAGGCGGGCACCUGGUACAGAGAGAACCCAGCCCCUGUGACGCUGGGACCCCCCAGGACUUGGGGCGCACUGCCCCCCGCCCCCGCCUGUGUCUGACACCAUACGCACUGGGCCCUGUGUCCCCCCUGGCCCUGGCUCCCAAACCCCUUACUCCUGUUGGUGGCUGGGUUUUUCUCCCCAUGGUCCUUAAGCUCAGUUAAUUUAUACAGGCAGAAGUGUAUUCAGUAUUCUGCAUUUCAGGGUGACCUGUCUCACGAAGCAUUACCAGCCUGUCCCCACCACGUGCGCGAGGGGCACCCAGCUUCCCUCUGCCAUAGAAGUCUUGGCUUGUGUAGGCCAUCAACCGCAUCGCCUUGGCCACUUGUGGGGUGCCAGGGCUCGCAAAGACAGGCGGGCAAACACACACACACACACACCCUGGGGGUCUCCUCCACCAGGGGGCUGUGGCUCCCCCAUUUCAGGGACAGGGACUUCCGGGCCACACAGCUGGCUGUAGCGUGCCUGUGCGGUGGAAAUACCAGGCAGGGGACUAAGUCUCCGAGCGUCACCAACCGCAGCCUAACCUGAAGAUUCUCCCGUGGCAGUGGUGUUGCCCUGUUUCCUUCCGCUAGAAACCCCGCGAGAUCAGGGUCAAGGUUUGCGGCCAGGGGCCGUGCUGCGGGCAGGAGCGUGUGCCUGGAGCCCAGCCCUCUUCCCUAAGGGGUGCCACAGAUCCCUUCUCUAUGAAAUCCAUCCAAAGAUGCGCCUAAAAGCCAAGUGCUGGCCACCUGUCACUCCAGGCCUGAUGCCCCGAGCUCACACGGAGACAGGAGCCUCCACCGCGGGGCCGGUGUUGUGGCACAGCCGGCUAAGCCACAUCUGAUGGUGGCCCAAGUACCGGUCCCUGCCCCCCGCAUGGGAAACAGAUCCUUGGCUCCUGGCUUUGGCCUGGCCCCCGGCCUGGUUGUUGUGGCCAUUUGGGGAGGGAACCAGAGGAUGGAAGACCUGUCACUCUGCCUUUCAAAUAAAACCGGAACACUA